AUGGACAGAGAAAUGCAAGGAGAUAUGGCUGUCUGUCGGCUCACAAGGAGAAAGUUCCGACUUCUGCGUCAAUCACACAGCCUGCGUGACGACAGUCCCAGCUCCCUGGGUCUGGAUUUUGCGUCCAAUUCCUUCCAAUCAGGCCACCACCGCAUGCCAUCUCGAUCAAUGUCUUGCCCACAUCUACAAGGUUGCAAGGCUACACUCUUGUUCGGGGGUAGCGUUCUCCAUGUCUCGCCGUGGCCGGUCUCGCCUAGUCGAGAAGACUUGUGUAUUGAAGUCAUUGGGCUUUGCUUGGAAGGAGUAUGCAGCUGA